AUGCGUGGUGGUGAACACUAUCAACUUAAGGUUGAUCAGUUUAAAAUUGAUAAGCAUAGUGGUUUACAAUUUUUCCAUUAUACAUCUAAAAAUAAUCAAUGUGAACUUCAAAAAGCUGAUCCAGAAUUUUAUUUGCAACCAAGUUUUGAUUGGAUAGAAUCGGGUAAUUGGUAUAAAAAGAAUCAUGUAGGAAAAAAUAAAUUAAUGAAUUUCAUGCGUGAAAUUGGACGUAUAACACAAAUCGAUAUUCCUAUAGAGUUACUUACAAACCAUUUUGGGCGAAAAACUGCUGCUCAAUGUUUACAAGAUAAUGAUGUUCCAGAACAGGCAAUUAUACAACUCACAGGACAUAAAAGUGUUCAAGAAAUUCAUGCUACAAGCAGACCGUGUAAUUAUGCUACUAUAGCAUGUAUUAAUUGUCGAAAGAAGCAUAAAAAAUGUUCAGGGACAGUUACUUGUUCCAAUUGUGCAAAACAUGAUCUUAAAUGUAUUUUCAUUAACUCGGGCCAAAAACGUGGUCCAAAACCAAAGUCUAAGAUGUGCACUAACCCACAUAAUCCGUAUGUACGUGAUCAUAGACGUGGAAUGCAGUUCUCUACAGACUACAUGCAGGCUCACUCGCAUGCGCAAAAGAUUUAUAUUACAUCAUCAUAUAAUUUAAAUCAAGAAUUUAGAACGCUACAGCCUAAUAGUUAUGAUGCUAUUACUCAAGAAACAAUCUUCUCCCCUCAAGCAGAUUUAAAUUCUGACUAUACUGCGGCUAUAAAUAAAAAUCAAGAUACCACGCACAUUAAUCUUAUCGAUAACUUACCACUUUUAUCACAUGAUAAUUUUCUAUUCCCUAAAGAUAAUAGAGUAAUAGAAUCGUCCCUUUCUACUAGUUACUUAAAUAGUCUUUCUGAUACUAGUGAGUUAUCUAAUUUGUCAAGCAGACAAGUUUUAUUCGAUCCUCUUAAUUCGGACAAUUAUUACGUUCAUGAUCAAUACAAUGUAAUGCAGUUAUCCUUAGACUCUACGCAGGACAACUCUUCCACACAAAAUAUUAAUAUUACAUCAUCAGAAUAUUUUAAUAAUUUAAAUCAAAAUCAGCUUAGAACGUCACGGCCUAAUAGUUAUAAUGCCAUUAUCCAAGAAAUAAUCUUUUCCUCUCGGACUCCUAUGAGUAAUCAAGAUAGAACGCCCAUUAAUUUUAUCGAUAACACGCAACAUUUAUUGCAUAAUAAAGAGUUAUCAAAUUCAUCAAAUAGUCAAUUUUCAUUCGACCCUUAA